AUGAUUAUUCCUUUCAUCUUGCUCUUCUUCUCAUUCACUUUCGUUGAUAGUGGAGCCGUUGGAGAAUGCCGAUCGGAAUGCGUCGAGCAAAAUCUCUACAAAAUUGUCCGAGUUCAUCUAAAGGAAGACCUCGUCAUGGUGGGAAUCUGCAAAAACACCUCGGUAUCAAUCGGUUCGUUAUCCACAGUGAUUCCAUUCGUUUGUCAUCGUAAACAUGGAAUUUGGAAAUUGGACAAUGCUGUGAGUUCUGUCGGUUUAUUGUCUUCGCCACCACGGGCAGUCGCAGCCCAUGUGGAUCAGAGGGAAAUUUGCCACCAUACGAUUUUAAUACCAGGGUGGUGGCGGAUCCUGGUAUUGGUUUACUCUUAG